AUGGGUAUCGCAUUUCAGACAACCCCGGCCGCCGCUGUGGAGCUGAUCCAGGACACCUCUACUUCGCCACUGGAGUACGUGAGAGUUCCGCUCAUCAAGUACUUUGCAGAGGCACUGGGACCCCUGCAGAGCUUCCGGGCCCGGCCCGAUGACCUGCUCAUCAGCACCUACCCAAGGACUACCUGGGUGAGCCGUCUGGACAUGAUCUACCAAGGUGGUGACCUGGAGAAGUGUCGCCCGACUCCCAUCUUCAUGCAGGUGCCCUUCCUUGAGUUCAACCCAGGGAUUCCCUCAGGGAUGGAGACUCCUGAAAGGCUUUUCCGGCCCCCACGGCUCCACCAGAAGACACACCUGCCCCUGGCCCUGCUGCCCCAGACUCUGUUGGAUCAGAAGGUCAAGGUGUGGUCUAUGUUGCCCAUAGCGCAAGGCGUGGCGAUCUACUACCACUUCUACCAGGCCAAGGUACACCCUGAGCCUGAGACCUGGGACAGCUUCCUGGAGAAGUUCAUGGCUGGAGAAGUGUCCUACGGGUCCUGGUACCAGCACGUGCAGGAGUGGUGGGAGCUGAGCCACCACACCCACCUGACCCCUUUUAUUUUCCUGAAUCAACAAACCUACCUCCACUGAGGAGCCUCUGCUCCUCAGAACCCCAAAAGAGGGGGUCGGAAGAUCCUGGAGUUUGUGGGGGCGCUCCUGCCAGAGAGACCGUGGACCUCUUGGUUCAGCACCCCGUCAUUCAAGGAGAUGAAGAAGAACCCGACCAACUACACCACCGUCCCCAGGGAGUUCUUGGACCACAGCAUCUCCCCCUUCGCGAGGAAAGGCAUGGCUGGGGACUGGAAAACCACACACGUGGCGCAGAAUGGGCGCUUGAUGCAGACUAUGCAGAGAGAGAUGGCAGGCUGCAGCCUCAGCUUCGCUCUGAGCUGUGAGAGGGCUCCACGGGGAGUCACUGCAGGAGAGGGGAGUGUAGAUCAAGCCUGA